UGCACAAUCUAACAACCAUGUGGCAUCCAGAAAAAAUGGCGAUUGACACUGACAUAAAUCAACCGUGUUGUCCUAUGAAUAAAAUAGUACGUGACUUCGUGACCAAACCUUCUUCAGUGUAUAUGUUUUGUGAUUCUGAUUUGUAGCGUUCUGUGAAUACUCCAGGAAUUUUCGUCUUUAUCGAAAAAUUAUAUCACAAUUUAUUGAAUAAACAGGACCAAAGGCCAUGGCAGACGAUAAAGCUGUUAGCAGACCCAUGAAAUUCCCCUACACCUUCUCAGCUAAGAUUGCUCAGUUUCCAUUAAAGUACUACCUCAAGAACCAGUGGAUCUGGAAAUACUAUGCUAUCGCUGUGGUCCUCUGCAUUCCUGUGUUCAAGAAAAUCAGCAAUCUAGCUAACUCCCCUGAGAAUGUCGCAAAAUGGGCAGAAAUUCGUCGCAAAGAGGCUGCAGAACACCACCAUUAAAUGUUUACGCUAGUAGUUGUGUCUUUAUCUAGAAAAUCAUAAUUUAAAACUGUAAAAGUAAACUUUUUUGUUAAAUGGUGUUUCAUUUGAAAACAUCAUGUAAUCUUUGUAUUACUUACUUUUGCUUGACACUUUAAUAGUCAAAAUCACAAAUAAGUUUAACAUUAACAG